AUGAAUCUCCUUCCCUCUCUCCUUCUGACGUUGGGCUUGGCGCUCACACUGAUCUACUCUGUCCUAUCAGAGGAAAGCUUGGGCAGCCCCUACAUACAAAGUGCACUGGAGGAGGCAAAGAGAAUUGUGGACGAUGCCUAUAAGUACUCCAGAGAGAAGAGUCUGACCAGAGUGCGUAGCGAGUCAGUCAAGCCUUCAGAUGUGCUACGUCUUUACAAGCAACCGCGCAGAGACACGCGGUCCGCCGUGAGAGCUGCAGACUACAUGGAGAACACCCUGAGACUGAUCAAAGCCAAUGUACACCAUGCACACAAACGCUCCAUCAACCUAAUUAAUGCAACAGAUAUACUCUCAGACCAGGAUCUUGAAACCAUCGCCACAAUGACUGGUUGUGCGGCUAGAGUAAGGCCUCCAUCCUGUCGUACCACCCCCAACAUCAACAAGUAUCGCACGGCCACAAGUGUCUGCAACAACUUGAAUAACCCUUUCUUCGGAGCCUCCAACACCCCCUUCACACGCCUGCUACCUGCCCAGUAUGACGAUGGCGUCUCUGAGCCUAUAGGCUGGGACCAAAAUAAGACGUUUAACAACUUUGUGCUUCCUCUGGUCAGGGAGGUCUCAAACCUCAUUUUGAACACAACGGAUGAGGCCGUGGUGAGCGAUCAAGAGUUCACCCAUCUCGUGACCCUGUUUGGCCAGUGGAAUGACCACGACCUGACAUUCACGCCUUUCUCCCCAAGCAUCCGCUCUUUCAGCAAUGGCCUGGACUGCGACCAGAGUUGUGAGCGCUCAGAACCCUGCUUCCCCAUCCCAAUUCCACCGCGGGACCCUCGCAUUCCCUCUGGCCCCAACAACUGCAUCCCUGUCUUCAGAUCUGCACCUGUCUGCGGCACAGGAAACACAGCCUACAUGUUUGGCGGUGUGAGCAAUAAGAGGGAGCAGAUCAAUGCUCUAACGGCCUUCCUAGACUUAGGACAAGUGUAUGGUUCAGAGGAGGGGCUGGCUUUGGAGCUCCGUAACCUGACCGAUGACGGCGGCCUUAUGCGCGUCAACACCGAGUUUACAGACAACGGGCGGGAGUUGCUACCCUUCACCACCCUAAAUGGCAACAUGUGCGCUACACGCAAAAGGAUCACCAAUGACACAAAUGCCAGGGAGGUGCCCUGCUUCUUUGCAGGUGAUGCACGUGUGGAUGAGAAUAUCGCCUUGACAUCCAUUCACACACUCUUUGUGCGUGAGCACAACCGCCUGGCUCGUGAGCUGCGUCGCAUCAACCCACACUGGGACAGUGAGACACUCUACCAAGAGGCACGCAAGAUUCAGGGCGCCUACGCCCAGAUUUUAGUGUUCCGCGAUUACCUGCCUCACAUUGUGGGCCCAGAUGUGAUGAACCGUAAGCUGGGUCGCUAUCCUGGUUACAAUGAGGCUAUUGAUCCAAGUAUCGCCAACGUGUUUGCUACGGCUGCAUACCGCUUUGCUCACCUCGCCAUCCAGCCCCUGGUGUUCCGUGUUGACACAAACCUCAAUGAGAAUCCUAAUUUUCCCAGCGUACCUCUAUAUGAGGCCUUCUUCACCCCCUGGAGAGUGGUGUUUGAGGGUGGUGUUGACCCUCUACUCCGUGGUUUGAUAAUCCGUCCGGCCAAAUUGGGUACUCAGGACCACAUGAUGGUGAACGCUUUGAGGGAUAGACUGUUCCAAUUUGUUAUGCACAUAGCUCUGGACCUGGCCUCUCUAAACAUGCAGAGGGGACGUGACCACGGACUGCCCGGUUAUAACAAGUGGCGCAGGUUCUGUGGGCUCUCUGAGCCCAAAAACCUACAAGAGUUGGCACAGGUCCUGAACAACACUGAACUGGCCUACAGCCUUCUACAGCUUUACGGCACCCCAGCCAACAUAGAUGUUUGGCUGGGAGGCGUGGCCGAGCCCUUUGUUCGGAAUGGACGUGUGGGCCCACUCUUCGCCUGUCUCAUAGCCAACCAGUUUAAGAGGAUUCGCCAGGGAGACAGGCUGUGGUACCAGAAUCCAGGCGUCUUCAACUCAAGGCAAAGAGCUUCCCUGACGUCAGUCUCUUUGAGUCGUAUCAUCUGUGAUAACACUGAUAUCAACAUGGUCCCCCGUGACCCCUUCCGCAUUAGGUCGAGCUCAAACCCUCUUGUCAGCUGCAACCGCCUCCUUCCCCUCAACCUCUCACCCUGGACAGAGAGAGCCUGUGAACCAGAUUGUUUACAGGGACCUGCUGGGCCCCAAGGACCCCCAGGAGAACGAGGUCCUGAAGGCAUGAGAGGUCCCCCCGGACACCCCGGUUCCAACAGCAAUGCUACCCAGCAACACUCUGCCUUCGCUGUCCGUCUGGGCGACACUAAUCACUCCAGCAAGAAAGUCAUUGUUUUUCGUCAGGUCAUCUACAAUGGUCAAGACCAUUACAACACACGGACAGGGGUGUUCACAUGUGCCGUGCCUGGCGUCUACCAGUUCAGCUACCACUGCACGUCCUUCAUUACUGCGGGGAGCAUUGACCUGUGGCUGAACGGUGCUUUGGAGCUGCAAGGCUUCCAGAUUUUCCAAAAUGGUCGCCACACCUCCACAGGUGACAUGGUGUUGCAGCUAGCCCAAGGAGACCAGCUUUGGCUUGAGGCCAGUCUGGGGAACAAUGGUCUCAGCUCCACCAGCUUCUUUUCAGGACACCUUCUUUUCACCAUAUGAACAACCUAACCCUUUACACUUCAACACAACUUUUUAAAAGAAAGUGUUGUAAACGUAAUGUUGUAAAUUGGA